UCGGCAGCGGUGGGUGAGCGAAUGUGAAGCGGAUGCUAAAAAUAUAGAACACAACCCUAUAUUGACAGUCCAGCAAAUCCAACAGAUUUUGGUGUUCGCAGAAACUGUUCUCACAGCUUGGAAGCAACGUUUCCUUUUUUUAAUGCAGAAACUUCGUCUGUAGCCAGAUUUCCUUGCAAAAAUCAGACGAUUUUCUGUUGGAAACGUCAAAAUCGUCUGCGGUGUAGGUGGGGAUAUGCCGUGUCCUCUCGCUAUUGGAAAUGGAAGAUUCCUGUCAUACAGCUAAUGUAUUACCAUUCUUCACGAAGCUAAAAGUAUUUACCUUCCGGUAUCGAAGAUUAUAAUUGUAAAUUACUUUGCCCAGUGUGUUUUGUGUUGCUUAUGUAUCGUUUUCUUACUGUUUGUGUUGAUCAUCUGUGAGAACUUUCCUACCUGUGGCUGCCAUCCUAAUCCAAGAAACAACUGUUUUGAUGCGGUUGAUGACGUACCUCCGCUACCUAUCAUGAGCCAGACUUCAAUACGAAACCCAUGUCGGCUUAUGGGGAUUCGUCCGUAAAGGUAUCCGGAAUUACACUUCAUAUCCUUACACACAACAAUGUGUUCCAACUCACCCACUUGCGUCCUGAGUGGACCACCUUGCCUUCAGGAACACCAAAGCGUGUCAACCAUUUCCUCAGAAGUAGAGAGUAGUUCAGCCUUCUUUUGUGACCGGAGCCUCCAACUGGAAGAUCAAAGUACACCAACAAUGAGUAGUCAUAGUCGCUGCUGCCCCAUGACAGGAAUUCUACCUGCUAUAACCAGAUCCCACGACAUUGCUGAAGAAGACCCUCAGCGCUCCCCGCAACUCAAUAGUCCUUCAACAAGUAAAUCUUCCAAAUCAAACAAAACCUCUGGCUGGAAGACAUCUAAAUUCUUUAGCAGGACCAUGUCAUCCGGAGAGAUCUUGAGAGGUCUCAAGAAACUGUCUCUCACUUCAUCCGGAUCCAGUUCUGAUACCGGAGAAGCAGAAGGUGGGAAACCCAGGAAGUCAAAAUCCACCCAACUUAAGAAAAGGUCCUCCUGUGGUAAUGAUGACGUUGUGAUCAUGGAUGAUGACCCUAAAGUUCGUAGCCCGCGGAGUCCUGGAAGUUUUCGACCCUUGAGCAAAGCAAUGUCUGUCUCAGAACCAGGAUCCUCUUCCAAAUCUAGCAACUUAGGAAUCGUCUGUAGAAAAGAAGAUCUCAAAGCCAUUCUUUGCACUGCCAGCAAAAAAUUCCCCCUUGCUUCACCUUCUAAAAGGCGUCGGGGGCAGGCUCCACUGAGACAGACCAAGUCCGCAUCGUUUGAUACUCCUGAAGACCGACCUUCUCGAAAAGAGCCCGUUCGAAGAGCUGGGAGUGAAGAAUCUCGUGUUCGACGCAACAAUCAAGUGGAGAACAACGAAGCCCAGCAGCUGAAGAAGGACAAGGUGACAAUUUCGCCGGAACCACCGAUUGCAGUGACUGUAGAUAGCCUCAAUACCCAAAAUAUUAGUUACGACACCGUUAGCGUUGCCGACGACCUGACCCAAAGUAAUGCGAAGAAUUACAUGGAAGGCAGUCUGUCCACGGUCAAGUGGGACGAGUGCGAGGUUGUCGAUGCUGUGAUCAUAGGCGAUGCUAUCGAGUCUUUUCUCAAAGGAUCUAUGUCUGGAUCUGAGAAGAAGGUUUCUUUCAGAAGAAGUUCUGACAAAAAAGCGAAAUCGGAUGGUUGAUUUUCUUUCCCACUUUCGCGAACGGAGAUGUUGUUUUACGUAUUUUAUAUAUAUACAUAUAUAUAUAUAUAUAAACUUAUUGCGAAGUUCAAAGGCAGAUCUUGAAAUCACAACAUGUAUAUUAAUUAUAUAUGACAAAUGAUAGAACAACUGACAACCAAUUUUAAUGUUUUGUCUUGUUCUGGAGCUACGGUAUGUAUAAUUUUGAAAGCGAUAUAAAGUUUGAGCUUCAUUUUAAUCAAAAUUAUACUGCAGCCGAAAUAAAAAUUUGCAAUCAGCAUGAAACAAUAUGAAGAAGCAUAAUUUUAUUAAUUUGCUAAAAAGCAGAUUUUUUUUAUUGUAAUUAUUUUCUAUUAUUUUAUCUUUAUUUCAUAGUUCAUUAUUAAGAAUAUUAUAAAAUCAUGAAAUCUAUCUUUUUUCAAAUUCUCAUCCAAAUUACGUCAGUGAUGUCGAAUGUAAUAUUAAAAUUUAAUAAAGUUAAUUGAUUAACUAAUAAUUAAGUUCCGACAAUAUUAAUAUAUUGUCAUCGAUAAUAUAUAAGGCUAAAGACCAUAUGAGAGUUUCCCAUAUUUGUGAUGUGAACUUCAUUGUUAUCCCACUAAAAGUUUCGAACCAUAAUUUCAAAAAAUUGUUCAAAAACGUAAUUUAAACUCUUUUACCAGUUUACUCGUAUACUGUGCAUGUAUCAACUUAACACCUUUUUACACUUUUAAAUAAUUUUUAAACUAUUUAUAAAUGCUAUAAUUGAAUUCAAAAAUCGGAUGGAAUUUACAUAAAUAUUUCAAACAUUCUAUGGAUUCUCAAUUGAAUCAAAACCGGAACCAAUCUCAAAAUAGGAGAUGUCAUCUCAUUAGAUAACUGAGAAAAUUAGCUAUUUAUUAAGUUAAAAUGAAAUAUAAGGAAAAUAGUAAUUUUUUUUCGAUUGCUUUGCUGCAUUAUCUAUAAACUAUUACUUUGAAACAAUAAAUACAAAAUGUAUCUAAAAUCUGUUUCAUCAUCUAAUUUUUUUUCUUUUGCGAUGCCUGAUAAAUUCGAUUGCAGAAUUUUAAUCGUUCAUCGCAUUUCUGAUUUACCUGAAUUAGAGAACGCCAUUGUUGGUUUUAUGUUUCUGCAUACUCAUCUGUACGUAAACGCGAAAGCUAAAAAAAAAUUAUCUAUAUAUAAAAUUUGACAUAUGAUUUUGUUAUGACAAAAAAAUAUAUCAAUUUUUUGAAAAAAAUAUUUUUAACGGUUUGACAGUCUGUCAAUCUCUCUAUUUAUAGGUAUGUAAAGAUGACAAUUCAGCCGGCGUCCAGGCAUGGGGGUAGCGCGUCUUGCCCGUGAUCUGGUUUUCCUGGGUUCGAGUCCCGGUUUGGGCAUGGUUAUUCUUCAUUUUGUGAAUGUGCCCCCAUGCAAAAAGGGGCUGUACAAACGAAUGCGUGAUGCGUGAGUGGCAAAGUCGUACUCUUGGCCCUAGUUGGCGCUUCUAAACCAAGAGACGCACCCUAUCGGCUCACAUCACUGUCUGCAAGUGCCAUAAGAAACAACACCAACACGUAACAAUAAAAAAAACACAAAAAGCGAGAGAAAUGAAAUUCGGUUUGCUGCCAAAACUGUAAAUAUAUAACAAAAUCUUUUAACCGAAUCGAUCGGUGAGAGCUUUUAUGUAUACUUAGUUUCUAAUCUCUAUAUUACAAAACUGCAUGUACUAAAUAUUGGAGAAUAUCAAAUAUCUUACAUAGUAAAUUAAAAUUUUUAUGAAUGAAUAUGAUUACAUGCUUGAAACUAAUCAUUUCUUAUAUUUAGUCUCUUAAGAGUUACAGUAAAUAGACGGGGUUGCAUUAAUACGUAACAAGUAUAUGAGAAAUUCAAAGGAUAUACGCUCAAGCUGAUUUCUUUUGACUAUCAAAACAAUAUCUAAUUUUUUCUUGGCAAUAAAUGCUCAUAGCCAAAAAGUUUUCGAAAUUUUUUUUAUUCCUAUUUAAAAUAAAAUGUAUGAGAUUUUAAUGUUUCUCCACGAUAACUUUGAAGAAUAUUAUCGCACAAAAACCAUUUUUGCAACAUUUUAAAUUUAAGAAAAUAAUCUUUUUUCAGUGAUCUCAACUUUGAAUUCGCACAAUUUCCUUUUCCCAAAUUUUUAUGAAUUUACAAAAAGAUUUUUGCUAUAUUUUACAAGAAUAGUUUUCUAUUGUUUUAAUUACUGGAUUUAUAUUCACGCACGUUGUACCAAUAUGUAAUACAUUUAUGUGUAUGUGUGUUCAUGUUGUCGGAGUUAUAUAAUUAAAUUUUUAAAAUGAAAAAAGGAUAGACGGAUUAAACUUAAGACAAUAUUAUGCCAAUGAUAUAUCGGGCUAGAGGUAUGAAUCUUUUUUUUUCUUUUUGCAGCUGAAUUAUGAAAUUUAUCCGACUUAUGCAACACUCUAUAUCUAAAAAAGAAGCUUACAUAAAAGUGAACAAAGAAACUUACAAUCGCUACAUCGUUUUCUUUUCUUUUUCUUUUUUGUCCCGCGAUGAACAUAUGUUAUUGACAUGUCCAAUUCAAAAACAUUCGUUUUUGUAACAAAUUAAAAUAAAGAAAGCGCGAAUUCAUGGAUGGAAUAAACGUUUCUGGUUCUUCCUUUGAACUUCUUAAGAUGGAUAUGAGAUUAUGUAAAUAUGAGCUUUGUUAUAAGUAUUAUAAGCACCAGAUGCAUUUGUGCUAUAUGUAAAACUUACUGCAUGUUGAGAAAUUAUUUUAUGAGUAACCAAAUGUGUUCCUUUGGUGAUACAUUUCAAUUGCAUCUCUCCGAACAAAAUUUAAUGGAUCACCUGUGACUUUUUGUUCUCCUGUAGACAGCUUUUAUUUGUCUUCUUGCACACUAAAGGUUUUAUGUUAAACUCAGUUUAUUACUUCAUGCCAAUUUUCAUUAAAAUGCUCACAUUAUAUCUGUGUCACCAUUAAAAUUAUACAAUGAUACGUAUUAAAAUCUUUUAAAAAAUUAACACUGCAUGUUGAAUAUUAAAUCAAAUAUUUGAUGCAGGAUGAUUCAAAAGUCUAGAUUAAUUUAAACAAUUAGUAAUUCACAAACAAUCGAAGAUGGAAAGAUGUAAAUUAUAUAGAUGGAAAUAAAAUUAUAUUGAAGUCUCGUUUUCAAGCAAUGUAGGAAGGGCGCAAUGAAGGAGGGCUACACUUGAGCCGAAUUCUCGUUCUGCAUCAAAGGGUGGUUAUCUCUUCGAAUCCCCUUACGGAGUUUCUAUAUACCGCACCCGCUUACGUGACAAUUCUUCUGUAAAGUUAGGUUUCGAAUUUGAAACUUUUCGAUCCCGAAAUCUUGCCACUGUGGCCCUAAGAUGGAAAUGGAAACAGGUUUUUAUGAAAUUUAUCUAUUGUGACUUUUUUUCACGAUAUGACAACCGGAAAUAUUUCAAUAUAUAUUAUCCGAUUGAGAUCCUUAGGAAUGCAAAACUAUUCUUAUAUUUUGAUUAGAUUAGAAUGAAUGGGAAACUUAAUGUAGGGAAGGUGAAAUUCUCAGACGAAUUCGUAGUCGUCAUGUACAUCAAAGAAAAAAGAAAUGGAGGAGAGUUGAAAUGUCAUUUAACUACAACUCCUUAACAGUUAAAAAUGUCAAUAUUAUUAAAAUUUGGAAGGCUAUUAAUAAUUACCUCAUUAUAGUGAACAACUUCUGCGAUAAAAGUUUUUUUUAUAUAUCUGUCAUCCCUUAAAACCACCUGUAGAUGAAAAUGUAGCAACACAUAUUUAAAUUCUAACGUUUAAAUUUUGCUAAUAAUUAAGUUGUCCCAUAAAUCUUCGGUAACAGUUUUGAGACUAGUAGGUUCAAGAUUCCAUUCCAUCUUCCUACCUAGAAGAUCCGUCAUAUGGUAAUCAAAAGAAAUUUUCUCUCACUUGUCGACAUAAAUUAUUUUUAAUACACAAAAAAAAUGUUGAUUGCAUAUUUAGCAACAAAUUUCUGGUUUAAUUUAGUUCUAUUAACGUCCCGUUUUCAAAACUACACUAGGGCUAUUUUGGAACGGACCUCGUAAUUUUGAACACCAUGGUCAGAUGACGAGAACCCCCCCCCCCCUUCUGAACUAACAACCCCUCUCCAAAUUCCGAACCACAUCAGGACAUUUGACCCCGAUGGAAUUGACGUGCAUCAAAACCGCUUACACGUCGUUUCUUGGAUAGAAUCGAGUCUCGAAUUUGGAGCCCUCCGACACCGAGGCCGAGACUUACAACCAGGUCGCUGCGAUUCUGCAAAUCUAUGGAUGAAUAUGUAGUUGUUGUAACAUUACAUAGAAUGAGAUAAUGUGUGAAAUACCAAUGUUACGAAAUUUCUUUUGCCUUUCUCUUAGAAACAGAAUGCCAACCGAGGUAUCAAGCCUUUUGACAAAAAUAAACAACAUUUAUAUAACUCGUGCUCUGUCCUUCCUUCAGAAAUGAAAUUUAAGUACGUAAAAGUUAUGUCAUUAAUUUACUUCGAAAUAUGGGAUGAUAUCUGGAACAACGACAAGUCGGUUCUAUACGCAAUAUCUCAGCUGAUAAAACGGAACACUGUAACUACUGCAGAAACAUCUUUUGUUUUAAAUUGUUAACUAUAUCAUCAAUAAAUUCUGUUCGUGUUAAAAAAAAAUAUUUCUGUUGAAAUUUAUACUUUCUAUCUUCUUUCGUUUGUGAAUUGCUAAUGCUUAAUGUAGCUUUUAACUUCUGAAAUCCCUGUAUAACGUUAAAUGGUCAGUACAAAAAAAAUCAGUGAAAUACUUUUUCAUACAGUUGAAUGGUUUUAUAUCUUUUGAAACAAAAAUUUAAAUCUGGAAAUAGAAAAACCAAUUAUACUUUAAUUACUUUAUUACAUAGUUAUUUUAUGACACAGCUUUAGCAUAUCAUUUAAUCUGAUUUAUAUAUUUAUAUUCGCAUGGUAAAUCAUUUUAGUACAACAUAAGGAAAUUUCCGGAUUUAUGUUCAUUAUAUUUAAACGUUAACAAUAAAAAAAUGAUACAACAUUGAAAACACUCAUGUUCACAGUUAUAGAAAUUUUAAGAUAAAGUCCUCUUCAAAAAGUAAAGAUUACUAAAUAAAUUAUUCCAAAAAAUAGACUUAUUCUUAAAAAAAUAUAUAUUUAUUUACUAUAAAUUUGCAAAUAAUUUUAAACUAUUAUUUAUAAUAACCAAUAAUUUCACAAUAUUUUACACCUAUUUUGUACAUAUGCAUUAAUUUACUGUGAAUAAUAUUCAUGCAUCUAUUAAAUAUUUCAUUUAACUUUUAGUAUUAUUAAUUUUUAAUAUUUUUUCCACGCUUUAUUAUUUUAUUUUAUUCUCUAG